UCGCCCCUCGCUGCGGGCGAGCGAUAGACAGAGACAGUUGUUCACUGUACUUGGGUUUCUGAACUGAACUGCACAGUACAGCUCUGUGUGUUGUGUGUGUUAUUCUACUUUACUUUACUACGACUUUCGUGCCGUGUAUUUAGAAUCGAAUAUCAAAAUCAAGAUUCACGAUAUUUAUACACACCGGUGUGUGCGUUGAUUCUAUUUUAGUGUAAUCCUAAUUAAUAUUCACUGAGUGAUAUUUAGUGACAUUUGUUUAGUGGUAACGCUACGACUAGCGGAGGAAUUUAGGCGUUCAUAUCAUAGCCAGACAACGUUGUCUGAUUGAACUGUUAACAAUGCUUUCACAAUAUGUCUUCAUUGCAGACUGGGGAAACAAUUAAAAGUGAGUCAGACGACGAAUUUUCCCCUCUAAGGUGCUGGGAGUGCAACGUCAACUUCACUUCCAAGCAUUUUUUAUACUCGCAUCUGUUCCAUCAUAUCCGUCAACCUUACGUUAUCCUCGAACGCGUGCAGCUGCCGCCCCUUAAGCUCACUCUCAAGAGUAAAAGCGGUAACAAUUUCGAAAUAGUGAACAAUAACUCCCCCAAGGCCGAAAAUAUCGAUUCCCCUACAAUAGAGAACGCAGAGUUCUCAAACUCUUUCACGAUUGUGCCCAAAACGGAAGACCUCGAGGAUUCCGCUGGGGCUCAGAGCGCAACGCUCAGCAAUAUUUCUGAUACAUUAGUUAAAACAGACAGCAACCUGGCAGUUAUUAAAGAAGAGAUAGAGGCAGAGCCGGAAAAAGCAGCUAGCGAACCUUUGGAGAAGUUGAACAGCUCUGAAGAUAACGCUGCUGAUAACGGCGAAACUUUAUCUCCUGAAUUCUCAAACGUGGAUGAGCUUCUGCAAGAAUCUCCAAGUGCGAGCGACAGCGGUUGUCCGUCCUCCGAGAAAAAUACGGAUACCAUUUCUACCGGUAAUUCCAACAGCGAAAGCGGCACGUCAGACUAUGGAAGCAUACCCGGUGCCGAACCCACUCCACCCCCGGAACCGACGGUGGAGUACCCCAAAAUCAGGAUCAAAACCACCGGGUUGCUUAAAGAGCCGACAUCGUUGACAAUAACCGAGAUUACCGACGACAAUCCCAAUGGAGAUCCCAGCUUCACAGGAGAUCCUUUUUUUCCAGAACCAACUCAGGACGCAUCCAACCUGUGGUCCUCCUCUUCGAACAUGGAAGAUCCACUCAAGUUACCAGAUACCGACGACAACAAUAUUUUGUCUCUGUUCAACAACAACGAACGGGCGAAGGAUUUGGGAUUUCACACCAGCGAUAGCGAAUUUAUUUCGCUGGAUAGGUUGGAAGACAGGAAUCGAGGAGCAAUGCAAGUGUACAAUCCGCAAAACCAGAACUCUUCUAAUCCCUUGGACAGUCUGACCGGCCUGCCAAUGCAAGCAUUGGCACAGCAAGUGUCUAGAUUGCAACAAUCUUCUUCUUCGUCCGGGAUGCACCAGCAGAAUGUUCUUAUCAACAUACAGCAGUUUCCAUCAGGUCCACCGCAACCUGCUUAUCAACCUCCACCAAUGUAUCCGUACCCACAACAACCGAUGCAUCAUCCGUAUCAAUACCAGCAACCUUACAGACCACCGUACUACCCUCCCGGGCCUCCAGGCUAUCCGCCUCAACACAUGCCUCCACCACCGCAACCGCAGUUGACGCCCAUGGGCCAACCGCCUAUGAACCAACCGCAGAUGAAUCAACCGCCCAUGAAUCAAUCUCAAAUGAAUCAAAACCAAAUGCCGCCGUCAUCACAACCUCAAAAUAUGAACCAGCAGAUGCAACAGCAGGGAACGCCUUAUAGGCAACCGAUGCCUCCAAGACAGCCUCCUCCUAGACAACCGCCGCCUGGAAACCGGAUGCCGAACGGUCCUAGGCCGCCAAUGGGUCAACGUCAACCCGUUACGAGACCCAGAGCACCGAUGGUGCGUCCUCGCGGUGCGACGGGAAUGACAGCCGUCAGAUCCGUCAGGCCGAGGAUGUCGACGCCGCAAAACGGCGUCCGACCGCUAACAUCACCUGUUAAACGUAAUCCCGAGCAAAUGCAGCAGAUGCAGGCGAAGAAGAAACGUUUCGAUAUGUUGACGCCCGACAAAGACGACGACGAUUGUCAGGUGAUUUGUAUGCAGCCGAAGAACACCGACGGGGGGCUGCCCCAAAUCGAAAGUGUGCAGGGCGGUCAAUCUGAACCACCAGAAAGCAGUAUUAUGCAUCUAUCCGAUUCUAUUACGCUAAGCGUACGAAAUCCACCGCCGAAACCCGUAGAACAACCAAAGAAGUCGGACGCCAAAGCCGUGGCUAACAUUUUGGCCACCAGAGGUAUAACUGUGACGGCCACUGCGAAACCUAAAGAGAAACCGGAAACGGCUCAGAAACCGACCUCCCCUCUACCGGCGUCGUUGAAUUUGAACGGUGCCGUCAGUAUUAUUCCGGCAGCCAAGAGUAACGGAAAUGGACCUAAGUCAUCCACCGAAUCUUUGCCAACGGUAGACCUAACCGACGAUUCCCCUUCAGCUGGACAACCGUCCGCCUCAUCACCCCAAAAACAGCGACCGGGCCUGCCGUUCCGUUGCGAUCUGUGCCCCGCUCAGUACCCCAACGCGGCCGGCCUUAACAAGCAUCGACAAACGUAUCACAAGACCACCAGCGGUAUGGCCGAAUUGGGAAUACCCGUCAUCAAUCUCAAAACGCCCGGCGUCAUGCAGAAAAUGACCGCGAUGGGAGUAUCCAACUACAUUCCGUUAACUUCGCAGGGCGCAGACGGUACUUUCGUGAUACCAAUCAUUAACAGUAGGAACCCAGCGAACCUUUCGAACAUUGGGUCGACUACAAUGAUUUCUUUGGGACCCAUCAGGAGCAUACCGCGGCCGCAGAAUCCGGGUAAUGCAAAACAGAAUAACUCUCCGAAAUAAGUUGGUGAUUUUAUGAGAGUAGAGAACUAAAGUCUUUGGAGAUAUUGAAAGAACGUGCGGUUCUUGAUGUAGAGCUGGCAUUUAAAUGUGAUUUGGUCGUUCUGUGCAAAGCGGAAUGGUGGCCGUUGGCUCUCGACUGUAAAAAAUAGGCCGUGCGUUUUAUUUGCGUCAGGUUUUACGCGACGUUGAAUUGAACGGCUGGAUGAUUAUUUUAAAAAGUCUUUUCGUGCCGUUGUAUUGUUUGUUCAUAGAUAUAUCGUUGGUCUUCAUACUCUGUUUAUACAUCGAUAAUCGAAGGUUUAUGCAUACAUAUUGUAGUAUCCAUAGUCUCAAAAAUGUGGUUACGUUACUCCAAAGAAUCAAGAACGUUUUAGCGCAUUUUUUGGUGAUUUUAAACUGCAAAGCCAACAUGACAACGAAAUGAUAUUUUAAUUUUUUUACUCUUAUAAAUAAUGCAUUUAGAUAUUCAAAACAGUCUAAUACAUUUUAAAUUACUUGCGAAUUACCAUUAAUCCAUAUCCUUUUGUAUGCUUUUAAAUCAGAUAUUUAAUUUUUUUAUGCUAGCAAUAAAGUUGCGAUUUUCAAUCAAAAAUUGCUAUUUUUAUGUUAAAGCAUUGCAUCAAUCGUUUUUUAUGUAUUGGCAACACUGUCUAUUACAUAUUAUCUUCAAGAUAUAAGUAUAUUCAACCCCUUUUGCCAUUUAAAGUAUCUGAAAAAUAAAUAAUAGUUUUACGAUUGGGUGCUGGAGUUUAGACACUUGAAGAAAUAACAUUUUCUGGCUGAGUAUGAAAUCAAACGGUAUAUCUAUGAACAAUACCAUAAGGAGUACUAAAAUCGUUCUGAUUAAAUUCGAAUGAUUUAUCACUUUGACGUAUCUAGUAAUUGUAAUAAAUAUUCAAUGUUAAAAUCAUCGUUUUCGUGCUAUUUGAUGGAUAAUGGUUGCUGUAAACAACUUACCGGAUAAAAAUGAUGAUAUUAAAACAGAACAAAUUAAAACUUAUCUAUUAUUUUAUCUAUCAAAUAUAUUCAUAUAUUAUAUUGACAUCUUUCUGUGGAGAUAUUCUCUUAUUUGUUCAUUUUUGUGUUCGAGGAUUGUGCAAAAGUCACGAAAGGUUUAAACUAUUUUUUUUUUGACAAUACAAUCCCGAUUGCAAUUUUUUUUUGUCUGUUUCGAAGUCAGUUACGGCCCUGCGAAGUUGUGUUCUAUAAUUUUAUCUCAAAUGAGUAUGUAGUAAAACAAAGAUUUACGAAUUUAAUGUAAAAAAUAAAUUUAGUUUCUUAGUACAUCACUGCAAAAUAAUCUAGCGGUGUUAAAUCCGGCAAACGAGUAGGUCAAUUGAAUGAAAAUUAUUCUUAUGAUUUACAUGAUGGUUCGUGCAAUAAGUUUAAAUUAUUUUUCUCAAGCUUAACUUUUAUAUUAGUCCAUUUGCACCGCUUGUUAAAAAAUAAGCAGAGCUUAAAAUGACAUUUUUAUUAGGGAAAUGUCAUUUUAAGUUUGGCUUAUUUCUUAACCACUAGAGGUGAAAAUUGCUCAUUGUGUUGGAUGGAAUAUACCUGUGAUUUUUUGAUGGCAAAUUUAGAUGUUUAAUUUGCUGCAAGAACGUCUUAACUGAAAAAUUGUAAAAAAACGCUCUAUUAUCUGGUCAAUUUUCACAUCUGAAUUUUCUAUAAUUGCCGUUAGAUCUCGCCUAACUCGGUACAAAAGGUUUUCUUCUAAUCUCAAUGAUAUAAUUUCGUUUAAUUUCUGUUGUUAUAAGUAACUGUUGUGAUAGAACCGUCUCUCAAAUGUUUAAAACAUUGUGACUACACUUUUGCUAUAAUACGUUACUCGAUUAGAUCAUAUUUUUGAAUUUUAUUACUCUCCUGUAAAAACAACAUUUUUGUGUUAUGACAUUCUUGCAACAAAUAAGCGUUUGUUACAUGGUUUUUCCAUCUACCCUCAUAAAUAUGCUCCAAUAAUUAUUUGGCAAGUAACUGUGCAAUAAACUCAAGUAAUAGUGACUUCUCUUGGGUUAUUCCAUUCCAUUGAUGAGGUGUGGUCGCAUAAAAUAACGACAACAAAAAAUAGGUAAAAUAAUUUCCUAAAAUGAAAACAAACCAAAGAAAAAUUGAAUAAACACGUACAACCUGGCUAAAUUCGACCCUGCGCUCUCUGGCCAGCCGGGAGAUUGUCUUAUAACACUCUACCAUUAGGGCACUUAAAGUCCUGUGAAUAUGAAAUUAAUUAUAAUCAAAAUAUUUAGAGCGAACCAAGAUAUCUGGAUUCAUUUCAUUUUUGUUUUGGAAUCACUGAAGAAAAUUUUUAAAUAAUCUGGAUAUCUUGGUUGGAUUUGAAUAUAAUCGAUUCUAAUAAAUUUAUCGUUCGCAAGACAUUGCCCAGAUGAUCUAGCAGUUAAGACAAUAGCAUGGGAUGACAGAGACAGCAGGUUCGAAUCCUGUCUGGAUGAACUUAAUUUUUUCAUUAGGCUAGUUUGUUUAUGAAUUUAUUUCUAAAUUUUCAUAACUGACAAAUUCAUUUCUCCCUUUCUUAACAAAUACAAAAUAGUUUUGACCCAGUUAAAUAAUUUAAAUCCUUCGUGACUUUGGAUACUGACCGACCAGUACAAAAAAAUAUCAUGUUCUGUUCGUUUGUUUUUUCUUUUAAUUGUUAUAAACAAAUUCACUAUAUAAAUGAGUGUUGAAAAGAACAAAAUGUGUCUUGACUCGUUUAUGUAAUUUUGUGUUCUAUGAACGCGUUCCAUGUAUAUAUUGUAUAGUUAUUUUUAUCAAGUCUGCUUUAGUUGGUAGUAACUUUUGUGAAACUGAGCGUUAUAGAUCUUUUAUUUCGAUUUUAGAAACCGUUUUCAAGUGAUUGUUAUCGUGUCCAGUGAAGAAUUGUUAAAAUAUUUUUAUAAUCCAGUUUUUUACCAUUUUUGUUCAGUUUAAAGGUAAAAUUUGAUUUUCUAUUUGACUUGCGAUUUGAAUCACUUGAGGUUAACUUUCACCAUACACUGUCUCAAACUAUUUAAACCAGGCAUGUGCAAUUUACGAAGAAUCUAAAGGUACGUUUACAUCUGACAUUUAUUGCCUGAUAUUUAUGUCUGACAGUUGUUUAGUCCAGUGUAAACACUCAAACAUAUAUCUCCGAGAGAAAUUUUUGUGUGUUUACACUGCACUAAACAACUGUCAGACAUAAAUAUCAUGCAAUAAAUGUCAGAUGUAAACGUACCUUAAGGUUGGGAUAGCAAAACAAAAAUACGUUGUGGGUCUGAGCUUCUUUAGUACCAUAGACGUUUUAUAGUUUUUAUUGAGUGGCAGCUCAGGAAUUCUUUUGUGCGAACUUGACAUAGUGACAUUGAAUAAGAAGCGCCGACUGGCAGUUGAAAGACCUAUAACUGUUAUCCCCGUGCUCUGCGUACUGAAAAUGUAUACAGGGUAUUUCAAAACAUUGAGUCUAUUUUUAACAUGUCAUAAACGCUGAAAAUCACUGCACAAUAUAAAUUUGUAAAUUAUAACAAAGCACUAAACUAGAAUUCAGAUUAGAUCUAGUAAAGAUGCUCAAUUGCAUUACAUACAACUCAUGAACUUUGUAUAAAGUUUUUUUAAUUUUAAUUUUGCUAAAACAGCUUGAGAAGGAAUGUUAGAAAGUUAACCGAAUUUAAACUUUUGAGUUUUCUAAAUUUAGACUGAUUAAUUUUUAAUUUGUGCAAUCUUUGCGAAAACUAGGUU